AUGUCAAAGAAAAUCCGAUCCGUUGCGAACAAGAUUAGUAUGAAGGCCGCCUACCGCGCUGAUAGACUCAUUAAGUCUGUAUUCAGGGCAAAGUCCCGAGAAGUAGAGCAUGCCCCCGCAGUCACUUCGUCUUCGGUGUACAGUCAAUCAUCUGGCUUCUCCACCGAGGUUAUGGACACGAACAACUGCGAGGAUGUAGCUCCCAACCUUCAGACUCAGCAAGACGACCUCUGGGAGAAGGAGCAAGAAGAACGAGGGCAAGAUCUUGCUAUCCUACAUAUUACCACGCCGCUGUCCAUCAAAGCAAAGCCUCAAAAGGCUACAGAGCAUACUGUGUCUGACACUAGCGAUGGCACUCAACCUCCUGCAAUGUGCGAACAGCAAACAGGUAUUAUUCGAGAACAGGAUGUCAAGCCUGUACCGGACGUAGAUCAGGGCAAUGAUUCUGGUUCUGACUCCUCGUCACUUCGUCGACGUGGGGCUGUGCGCCUCAAGACUAACCCCAUGCAUGUCUGCCCAACGCACGAAAUCAAGCACUAUACUCGUCCGCGGUGA